AUGCCAAAGCUGACAUACUCUCCAGUACUUAAAGUGUUCGCUGUCACCCUGGGUCUGCUGGAGACAGGUUUGUACACUGUCAGUGUCACGGGUUGGCCCUCACUUGUCUAUAUCUUCAGGGACGCAGGCUUCCACAUCGACCUCUGCGGAGCUAACUUGACAACGGACGCCAACUGGUCAGUCUCUGGGGAUAGUGGGCAUCAGGGUAGCCCUGGCUGUCCGGAACAGGAGCAGGGUCUAAACCUGGUCUACACUGUGGCUAUAUCGUUACAGGUUGUGCUGCCUGCUCUGGGUUAUUUCUACGACCAUUAUGGUGUGAUCCGCACCCGAGUAUUGUCCAUACUUUUCAACGUUGGUGGAUGCUUCCUCAUUGCCUUUUCUGAACCAGGACUGGAAUGGCUCCUGUAUCCGGGUGCAACCCUCCAUUUCCUGGGGGGUGGGAUGCUAAUGACUACAGACAUGCAGCUAACGUCUUUAUUCCCUGCUAAGAAAUCCUUUAUUGCCACUCUUGUCUCUGGUGCAGCCGACAUGAGCAACUUCAGCUUUGUGUUGGUCAAGUUGGCGUAUGACGCCGGGAUACCGUACCGUCUGUCUUUGAUUGCCAUGGGGUGUGGAACACUUGUCAUUGCCACCGCCACCACCAUUGUGCUGCCACCUCGUGAGUCAAUGUCAGACAAUGACAAGGACAGACAACCGGAUGCCAGUGACAUCAAAUGCUCUGACAGCCGCCUGGUGUCCUGCAGUGAGACGAUCUACGUCAUUUCUCCAGUGGACUCCGAGGUAUCUGCCGAAUCUUCAAGUGGCACAAAAAACAGAGAAGAUGCUGGCUUUUGGGAUAACCCUGCUGUAGAAGUUGAUCCAGAAAUCACAGACGACCCAGGUGGAAUUUUGACAAGUUUCCCACGUGGUGACACAUCACACUUUUCAAACUGUGGCACAUCGAAGAAAAACGCCGAGAUAAGUGGACAAACAGCCCUUGAAAGCGGAAGAGUAGAUAUUGCCUGUAUAACCGGCCAAGCGAGGCCUUCCACAGAAAUGGUCGGCUCAUCUGUUUCCAAGGCGGGCCAGGAUUCUGGCACCAAAAAUGAAAAACGCCUGCCAUUCAGUGUCGUGUUGAAGAGCGCCAUGUUUUGGAUGACACAGCUUUGGUUUUGCGGAAAUUCCUUCUUGAUUGUUUCAUAUUUCGGCAGCUUUAAUGCCAUGAUAGACUUCAGAUCAUACGGGAAUGUUAAUGCAAUCAGCCAUUACACCAAUGUCUUUGGUUAUCUACAGCUUGGUAUCAGCAUGCCUCUGGCCAUAUUUGCCGGCCAUUUGGUCAACAGACUGCACAGUGGCGAGGACAGAAUACACGCUGAACCAAAGACGUUCAUUGGUCCAUUUCUAGUCACGUGUACGUCGGGACUGCUGCUGUGGGUGACAUGCGCAGUGCCGGUAUUGGAGGUCCACUACGUGGCCAUGCUUCUUCACUGUGUACUGCGGACAUUCACGUACGGGGUGCACCUCGCGUUCCUUGUGUUUGCUUUUCCACACGAACAUUUUGGGAAAGUAUUUAGUACUCAGCGGGCCAUAAUGACGGCGGUCACUGCUGUACAGUACAUCAUGUUCUCCUGGCUGAAGAAUGGGCUCAAUAGUGACCCACUUUAUUUCAGUCUAACUUUAUGUGGAAUAGCCUGUGCGACGCUCUGUCUUCCGUUCUAUCUCAUAAGACGCCCGGCCGUGUCGCAGACAUGAAAUGACAUACCUGAUGCUGAGACUGCAUUAUAACAGAUUAUGUUAGUUGUCUCAGAAUAUAAGUUACAUACCUAAUGCUGAGACUGCUUAAUAACAGAUUGUGUUAGUUGUCUCAGAAUAUAAGUGACAUACCUGAUGUUGAGACUACUUAAUAACAGAUUGUGUUAGUUGUCUCAGAAUAGAAAUGACAUACCUAAUACUGAGACUGUUUGACAGCAGAAUGCGUUUGGUGUCUCAGACAAGACGUUACAAAGUCAAUGAUAACGGAGUUGGCUUUGUAGGCAUAUAUUUAGAGACGAUAUAUUUUUACCGAAACGAAUUUGCUGUUCCGAGUUGAUGAGAUAACAGCAACGUUCUUUGGAGUGAAAAUUGUAGUAUUGUUUUCAAACAAACCCCCUCACCCGAACAGCUAUCAACACCUUUUUAUCGCCCAUUUAAUCACAUUAAUCACAUCUCCAAAACAAGCAAAAAUAUAACAAUAAAUAAAUAAAUGUUAAACAAAAAAUAAAAAAGCAUAGUUAAACCGAAAUCUGACAUUCUGUUUUAGUUUACAGCCCAUUCAUCGACUAAAGCGUCUUGGCUAACCGUGCUGGCAGACUGCGUUAAACAUCUCAGACAAGACGUGACAUUGUCGACUUGACUACCUCAAAUCUCACAGGGGGUCUUUAUUUAUUGUCGUAACAGUAUACAUACAGAGGGCACUGUGAUCAGUGGUGCGAUUUGAUGGCGGAUUACGUAAGGUGAUUCAGACAGACAACGGCAUACAUGCCUCAACU